ACGAAGCUGCGCGACCACGUUUCGAACCCUAGAAUGGCCGGUCACGCAAAGAAGGACUGUCACUCGGGGCAGUCAGGGACCAGAAGCUCAGUGUUCCGACCAUGCGAAUGUAUCGACAUGCUCAUCAAGGCCAGAAUCCACCUCACCAGUAUCAGGCUGCACGUGGCAAGAUUGGACACUUGGUCGCCAAGUACUUCCGAGUGACGUUGAGGAUGGAGCUAAGUUCUGAGGAUCGCGAGACCGCAACUACGGAAGAAUGC